AGGGCGGACGGGAAACUGCACCGAGACCAACUUCCUCCGUUCUACUACUAGUCCCCGUUUGGUUCCUCUCCGCGGCUUUCUCCUCUCCCUCGUCCGCCAAAAAAUAGCAGAGCGGGAGGGCCGCCGCGGCCCCCGCGCGGUUAUAUCUAGCACCGCACACGCGUCCUCCCGCGGCCUCUUGCCGUUCUCGGCUUGGCUCGGCUCCCCUCCCCUCCCCUCCCCUCGGUUUCCUCGGCCGGCCACGGACAUGGCCUCUUCGGUGGCCGCCAUGCCCCACGAGUCCGCCCCAUGGAGGGACCCCUCCAGGCCCACCCCCACCAGGGGCUUCUUCAACAUCCUCAUCCCGCCGCCGCAGCCCUCCUCCUCCUCGGCCGCGAGCGAGCCCACGCCCAGACGCCGGCGCCAAAUCCUCGAGCGGUGGGCGGCCGCCGCGGCGGCCGUCACGGCGUCCGCGGCGUCGGCCCCAGCCGACCAGCGGCGCCGCGCCAGGGAGGCCGAGCUCUCCGCUCUCGCCUCCGCUACGCGCCCCGUCGCCGCGCGCGCCGCCGUGUUCCGGGAGCCGUCCCCGGCGCCGUCCGACACGUCGUCGACGGCCGCGCCCGAGCUCCCUCCGGCCGGCCCGCGCGCGUCGUCUCUCAUCCAGCACUGGCGGGAGAUCGAGGCGGUGGGCCCCGCCACGCCGCGCACCUGCGGGGGCGACCCGGCCGCGGCCUCCGACUCCGACGGCGGCUCGCCGCGCGGACGCGUGGGGUGCAUCGUCAAGAAGCUCAGCGGGGCGUCGUCGCUCCCCGAGGGCGAGCUGGACGACGCGGCCAAGGCGGAGCUCCCGCUGUCGCAGUCCGCGCCCCCGUCGCCCGCGCCGAUGAGCGACGCGGCGCAGCACUCGGGCGCGAUCAAUGGCCCCCGCCCGCCGCAGCUCGUCGUCCGGACGGUGCGCGGCCGCCGCGCGAUGGAGGAGCUGGUCGCCAAGAUGGCCCACCGCCGGAAGCGCGAGGUCGCCGCUCUCGCCGAGAGGCAUGUCGUCUCCAGGUUCGCGCACAGAGGCAGGAUCCAGUCCAUGCUUCGACUGAGGCUACUGCGCCAGGGAGGUACAGUUGAUGAUGUGUGGACUCUGCUAAGACCGGUUAGGCCACACCAACCAAAACAUGUUCCUGAGGAUAAUACCUUGAGGAACGAUAGCAGGAGCACAGACUUGGGAGAAGCAAACAAGUACAGUCAACAAAACAAUGGGGCUGAUGAACAACAUGGUGAUGAUAGAGUUCCAGCUGAGGAAAAAUCUAUUGGUGUAUGUGUUGAGAGCCUUGUUAACUCUGAUGGUUCAGGAAAUAUACAGUGUGAUGAGCAGAUGAAGACCAAUGAAAAUCAGUGUCAGAAAGAUUGUGCGAACUUUUGCAUUCAUAGUCAGAAACAUUCUGAAGCAUCAAGCUUUGCAAGGUAUGGUGAGCAUAGCACCAUCGAUGAUAACCAAUAUGUGGAAGAUAUCUCCCCAAGCACUACAAGCACUUUGCAUGAUCUACGAACUCCAUCAUCUAGAGGUGAUAAUCUACGAGAAGACAACCAAAGCCUCAAUGGUUCCUGGGAAGAGAGAGGAUUAUGGAUGAGCGGUCUUGGUUGGCCUGCACUAAUAGAUUCCAUGAGUCCGGAUAGCUGGCAUCAGGAUGCAAUGGGGGAUAUUGAGAAUCACAAUCAAGUUCAAUUUAAUGAUCGCCCCUGGAUAGACUCCCCGAACUCAUGGAGAUCAUUAUGUGUUGCUCCACAAUCAGACUGCCGUCCUUUGUCUCGCAAUGCUGACAUUUGCAAUCUUCUUGAGAGCAAAAAGGUCUCAAAGUCUCUUGAGAGUGACUUCAGCAAUAAGAUGAACCAGCUCCUGCUAACAGUCCUGCACAAACAAAGACAACAACGGAUAAUGGAUGAUUUUGGAGGAUACUAUGAUGAACGCAUGCACUGGAGGCACAAUGAUGAAAUCCAGAAUGCUGAUCAGGUGGUAUCUGCGCCGUGUUCAUUAGCUCCUGUCUCACAUCUUGCAGCUCAUCAACAAGAGAGUUGGCAGCAUUCUUCAUUUGGAAGUCAACAUCAUGAAAACCAAUACUUACUUGAAAUGGAGGUCAGGGUAAGGGGUGAAAUGUCUCAGAUUCAUCAUGAACUAUAUGAACUACGGAAGUUGGUGGAAAGUUGUAUUGCAUCCCAAGUAAAGAUCCAACACUCCAUUAAAGAAGAGGUGUGCAGUGCACUUCGUGAGGCUGGGUUGAUGCCAAGCCAACCCGACACAACAGCAAAAAGGGGCAGUUGCUGCAUCUGCCAUCGAAUGCAGGUUGACUCUCUACUUUACAGGUGUGGUCACAUGUGCACCUGUUUCAACUGCGCCGAUCAGCUGAAAUCGAGCAGCAGGAGCUGUCCACUCUGUCAAUCUCCUAUUGAGGAUGUUGUUCGGGCACGCUGAAUUUUUGAGCUGUAGGAUUUAGGAAAGAGAAAAAAAGGAGCUGGCACUCCCAGAUUUUAGAUGCGGAGUUUAUGAAGCCCUGGUUUUGAGGAGGCUUCUUACCUUUUGUUAACCACACCACAAAGUAUACGAGCUAGUUCUUGGAGAAAUGUAAAUAGGCUUUUUUGCGCAAGAGCAGUGUGCGUGUAUUGCCUGAAAGGAAAACGGAGUUUUAAUCAAAAUGCUGAUCCUGUUUCUGA